CUAAAACUAAUACCAUCUCUCUCUCUCAUCAACCUCCAUAUUUAAACACCCUUAUACCUCAUUUCCCUUUCCAUGGAAACUCAAUAAACCUACUUUUACUAACAUGGCCACCAUUCAAUCUUCUUCUUCUUUCUUCUCUAACUAUAUUCACUCUCUUUCCCAAACCCCUUACCGGCUUAAGAAGAGAAUGCUAGCCACGUGGACGCCGGACCAAGAGCUUCAUCAACUCAGACUAAGGUCCGGUGCAGAUAUGAAAAGAAAACUUAAAUGGUACGACUUGAUGGCUCUCGGUAUCGGAGGCAUGCUCGGCGUUGGUGUUUUUGUCACUACUGGCCCUGUUGCUCUUGAAACUUCUGGUCCGGCUGUUAUUAUUUCUUAUGUCAUCGCCGGCAUAUCGGCUCUUCUUUCUUCUUUAUGUUACACUGAGUUUUCUGUUCAUAUUCCGGUCGCCGGUGGUGCCUUCAGUUACUUAAGAGUUACUUUUGGAGAAUUCAUAGGGUAUUUUGCUGGGGCGAACAUACUAAUGGAAUAUGUGUUAUCAAAUGCUGCGGUGGCAAGAAGUUUCACAGAUUAUCUUUGCCAUGCGGUAGGGGCGAAAGAUGCUAACGCAUGGAGAGUUGCAGUUGAUGGACUGGUAGAGGGUUAUGAUAAGUUGGAUUUUAUUGCUGUUGCUCUCAUUCUUCUUCUCACUCUCUGUCUUUGCCAUAGUACAAAGGAAAGCUCAGUGUUGAACCUUAUAAUGACAGUGUUCCAUGUAAUGUUUUUUGGGUUCAUUAUAAUUGCUGGGGUGUACAAAGGAAGUGUGAAGAACUUGGUUGAACCAGGAGGAAUUGCUCCAUUUGGAGUUAAAGGGGUGGUGAAUGGAGCAGCUAUAGUAUAUUUCAGCUAUAUUGGGUAUGACUCAAUUUCAACAAUGGCUGAAGAAAUCCAAAAUCCUUCUAAAAGUCUCCCAAUUGGCAUUGUGGGUUCUGUUCUCAUUGUCUGCUUCCUAUAUUGUCUCAUGGCUUUAUCUUUAUGUCUUAUGGUGCCUUACAAUAUGAUACCGAAGGAGGCAUCAUUUUCCAUGGUUUUCCAAAAGAUUGGGUGGAAGUGGGCUAGCAAUGUGGUCGGCGCCGGAGCAAGUAUGGGAAUUGUUGCAUCUCUGUUGGUGGCGAUGUUAGGUCAAGCAAGAUAUCUUUGUGUUAUAGGAAGGGCUAGGCUUGUGCCUUCUUGGUUAGCUAAGGUCAAUCCUUCUACUGGCACACCUUUGAAUGCUACACUCUUCUUAGGGCUUUGCACAGCAUCAAUAGCAAUGUUCACUGAGCUAAGCAUAGUAUUCGAAAUGAUAUCCAUCAGCACAUUAUUAGUAUUCUACUUAGUGGCGAAUGCCCUAAUCUACCGUCGUUACGUAAUAAUCAGCAAAAAUCCACCUUCACACACCCUUCUAUAUCUUCUCCUUCUUUCAUUUUCUGCAAUUGGCUUCUCCAUUUCAUGGAAACUUAACCAACACAAAUGGGGUUUACCUCUACUUAGCUUAACCAUGGUUGGCAUUACAAUUUUAUUUCAGUACAUGGUUCCUUAUAUUAGCCAGCCUAAUGAACCAUGGUCAGUGCCAUUGAUGCCAUGGCCGGCUGCUAUAUCUAUAUUCCUUAAUGUCUUCCUUAUGACAACAUUAAAGCUUCUGUCCUUCCAAAGAUUUGGGAUUUGGGCUUGUUUGAUUACUAUGUUUUAUGUGUUGUAUGGUGUACAUUCUACUUACCAAGCUGAAGAGAUUGAAUUAGUGGGUGUUGAUCAUGAAUUGCAACAAGUACACCCUUCGAUUCAACCAAGUAAAUUUGAUAUUCAAGUGUUAUAGCAACAAAUGUUAAAGGAAAUUUACAUCUAUUAUUUGUUUGUC